AUGGACAGGGAAAUAAGCACUGUUAAUGUUACAGCCAGGGGCAAAAGAAGUGUGAUGUUAAAAAAGGAGAUAAAAAGCAAGAUUGUAGGAGAUAAGGACAAAAAAAGGGGCAAAAGAAGUGUGAUGUUAAAAAAGGAGAUAAAAAGCAAGAUUGUAGGAGAUAAGGACAAAAAAAGCAUGAAAGUUGAAGAGAGCUGCAGAAGAAGCGAGAGAGUAAGACAAAAGAGCAUAGGAAAUAGGAAACUAAAAUCUCAAGGACAUAAAAAAGUUUCAAAAAAGAGAAAAAUAUCUGAAAGUAAAAUGGUAGAGGCGAAAGAGGAUAAAGGGAAACAUGUUGUUACAAAGAUUAAAAUUAAAUUUAAUGGCCCUAAGAGAAGCGAGGAAGGUAUAUCUGAAAGAACAAGGGCUAAAAUUAAAUUUAAUGGUCCUAAGAGAAGCAAGGAAAAUAAAUCUGAAAGUGCGAAGUCUGAAAAAUAUGAGAAUGGAAUCAGUUGGCGUAAGAGGAAGAGAUCAGUUGUUCGUUUUUCUUACUGGCUGAAUGGGCUCCUAUGGACACAUAAGGCAGUUACUGAAGGACAAAGUGAUUUUAAAGAAAGAAAUGUAAUUCUACCUUUUCAACAGGAUCUGAUUACAACACCGUGUUGCUGUCUUUGCCAUCAAGAAUACAAUUCUGGAGUUAUCUAUAUUAGUUGUGAGCGCUGCCAAGGUUGGUUCCAUGGAGAUAUAUUUGGCCUGGCUGUUGAGAACAUCAAUCACUUGAUCGGGUUUCUAUGUCACAAAUGCCGCAUGAGAGAUGAACCUGUAUGUCCCUUCUCAGAUGGCACGAUUGGUGGUGCUGAGUUAGAUAGAAAAUAUGAAAUUGGGAUGAAUGUCAUGAGUAAUGAGGGCCAAAAUGAUGUAGAUCAACAAUAUGGUGAUCCUGUACUUUGCAAGCACGGAUAUUUGGAUGAAGAUUGUUUGGCUAGAGUUCAGAGUAAGGACCGUUUUGAUAAGUUGCAAAGAGAGAAUGUUCCUGAAGAGGAACUUUGCUUGUCCUCUAAUUCUAAAUUAACAAAUGGACACCUUGCACAUCUCCAACAGAAGAAUAAUUUUGAAGAGUUUCGUAAUUGUGUACGUGAAGCUUGUCCUUCUAUAAUUCAAAGUCAAGACCAUAUGGAUGAGAAGCAAAGGGAGGAUGUUACACUACAUGAAGAGGAACCUUCUUCGUGCCCUAAAAGUGUAUCAGAAAAUCUGGACAAUGUCCAGUUACCUCAGGUAGAAGAAGCAUAUAUUUCAUCUACCAAAAACGAGAGUGUAGUUGAAGUAGGAGUUGCUUUGCCUGAAGCACAGGAGGAGUUAUAUGGAAUGAUUGAGAUCCCUGAUCCUGGUAUAGAAGUUGGUAUUCACAAUGACUCAAUUAAAUUUGACCCGCAGAUAACUCUACCAGCACUAAAUUUGGAUGAUGCUGAUAGGGUUACGGGUUAA